GAUGUACUAACUCCAUGUCGAGCUCAUAAUUCGCUGGUGCUAACGUAAAGUUCUAAUGGCGUUGACUCCUAACGCAAACUUCAUGAUCAUAUGGCAACAUAUGUAGCAAUGUUUAUGCAACCGCUAUUUACUUUGCUUUCGCUUCGGGAGUGUUUUUUUGCAGACAGAAAUGCGCGCAAAGGGUGUGCAGGCGCGCGUGUCACUCCACACGUAGUGCCUUGAGCGUCUUGAGCCAACAGGGCAUGUCAGCAUGUUUGCGUUACCUUCGGUCGCUUCGGUGUACGUUCUGAAGCAACAUCGUAAUGGUGGCCUUCUACUUGUUCACUGCUGCUCUGACGGCGGCGGUCUCAACGGCAGGGGAUUACGUUACGGGACUGGCUCGGCUUCCGUGGCUUCGCGCGCUGGCGGACAAUGCGACGCACGGUCUGAUCGCGUUCCUAUGCUGGGUUAUGGUUUCGGGCCGGACGUUGCGAAAGGCCAGCCUACUGGAGAGCUUGCUUAGCGGUCUCUUCGGCUGUGCCGUCGACGUUGAUCACUUUCUUGCCGCAAGAUCUCUCAAAAUAGAGAAUGCCACAAACCUGAAGACAAGACCGUUCUUACACUGCAGUUCAGCGGUGCUCGUGAGCUUGUCGGUUCUCGCACUCUUGGGAAAGCUGCUGGGACUGCCUCAAGUCUACAAAGUAGCACUGAUUGCUAUUGUGGCAGUGGCAUCGCAUCACCUGAGGGACUCCAUACGAAGAGGCUUGUGGUUGUGGCCCUUUGGCAGUACGAGCCCUCUGAAGUUGCCCGUCUACUACACUGGACUUGUAUGCACAGUGCUAAUUGCAAUGGCAGCCAUGAAACAGGUUCCUCAAGAAAUAAGCACAGCUGGCAUACCUUUAGUGAAAGUUGUAUAAAGAAUUUCACUCAAAUAAAAACCACGAAGUCACUGUUGCAAUCUCAA